AGUGAGCGGAUACUUCGGCGGGCGGGCUGCCGCCUCCACCGCCGGUCUGAACCGCUUCGCGUGACAUGAACGUUGCCAUUCCACCGGCUGAUGACUCUGCUGCCUUGCAGGCCUCAACGCAGCAUGUUAACACCCGUUCACACUCCAGGAUCUCCAGUGGUCAGACAGUGAGGACCAGUCGCCACGAUGCGAUGUGUGUGAGGGACCAGUGGCAGUGUUGCGGCCCCAGGCGGGAUGCUGCUGACGGCCGGUCAGUAUGACUCUGCUGGACUUGUGGCUGUCGCGCUCCAUCCCCAUGUGCCUGCUCCUCCAGAGCCUUGUCCUCAUGGCCCUGUGCUUCCCCUCGGCCAGCAUGUGUCCAAAGGGCUGCAUCUGCCAACGCGACCUCCACCUCCACGGCCUCAACGUGACCUGCAGUCAGUCCCGCCUCAAAGAGAUCCCCCCCAGCCUCCCGGUCGACACCGUCCUGCUGAGGCUGGACCACAACCAGAUAGGCGCCGUGCCGGAUCAAGCCUUCCACGGACUGAGGCUUUUGAGGGAACUCAACCUCUCGUACAACGCGGUGGAGACCUUAGGGGAAGGUGCCUUCAGUGGCAUCGAGGCCACGUUACAGGUGCUGGACCUCUCCCACAACCGCAUCACUAGCGUACACAAGGAUGCCUUCGCUCGGCUCAAGGCCCGCGUCAUCGUGGACGAUAACCCCUGGCAUUGCGACUGCGCCCUCCAGCAGGCCAUCGGUGGGAUGGCCCACAACCACGAGGCCGCCGCCCGGGUCCUCUGCAGGAGCUCGGAGCUCCGUGACCAUGAGAGUCGACCUUUCUUGGCGGUGGAUACUGACCUCUGUAACCUGGCCAAAAGGACCACAGACUACGCCAUGCUGGUGACCAUGUUCGGCUGGUUUGCCAUGGUCAUUUCCUAUGUCGUGUAUUACGUCCGUCAGAACCAGGAGGACGCCCGGCGCCACUUGGAGUACCUCAAGUCUCUGCCCAGCAAGCCCAAGAAACCGGACGAGGCUGACGACAUCAGCACUGUUGUCUGACAGAUCGAAUGAACACCACAAUGUUUAUUGUAACAGGACCCACAUUUGUAGUGUUUACUAUUUCAAACUUUUAGGUGACGUGAGCAUCAAAUCUGCUGAGAAAUCUUUGUAUUUUAGGGAUUCUGUCUUAUGUUCUUACCAGUUUGUUGAUGUUUGAGAUGAGAUGAGAAGGAAGGCCAGAGAGUCUAAUAGUCUAACACCAACAUUGUCUUUUCUACAAAAAUUGCAUACAGAGCUUUGAACAUUUUAAUCUCAGGUUCAAACAUUGACACGAUAAUGGCUUUUUCUAGAUGAAAAUUUGGAAUAUCUGAUAAAAAGAAAUAUAUUUGUAAGACUUGACACCCUAAACUUCAUUUCCCAGAGCCCUCAUUUUUGGUAUCUCAAAGCUCCACGUUAAAAUGUACACAGUUUUUGCAAACACUUGCUAAACCAACUGCUUCUUUCAUUCCCCUUCAAAUUAACUGUAAACUCAAAUAUUUAUAUUGACAGCAUUUCUGAGGCCAUUGCCUGCUUACGGAGACCAUUUGACCUGUACAUUGUGUUAUAUUUUAGACCAGUAAGGCCUUGGUUUUGGGGUAUUCGGAUAUAAAGUAGUCUCCCUGCUUGCCUUGAGCUUUUUAUUCAGACAAUUCAAAAUGAAAAAAAAACUUUAUUUAGUAAAUCAUGUCGCAGGUAAAGAGAAUACUGGAUCUAUGGAAGCCCAUUUCUGUAACGAAACUAAUUAAAGGUUUAGAAAUUAUUAAAAAUGUACAAUUUACUCAACAUUAUGAAAUAUUUUGACUUUUCUAAGUGCAAAUUCUAAGAUAUAUUGUGUCAAAUGUAUGACCUCUCAAAGGGAAACCUUUCAAUCCUCCUCGUAUCGUUGCAAUGUGGGUGGAAUGUGCAAAUGAACAAUAUUUUGGCAAAGUUCAACAAGGUUUUCCUUUCCCACUCAAAAUUAUCAUAUAUUAAAUGAUUAAAUUAAAUUAAGUGAUAGUGAGUCAAAAUUAUAGCUAGCUUUAGUGGCAAUACAAAGUUUACAUUUACAGAAUGUAUUGCCCAAAACAUUAGAGAAACAAUACUUAUAUUUUAAAUGUAGCAAGUGGCCAUGGUGUCAGCAGGAUAAUCUACUUGUGUGCAGAUAUUGAACAAUAAUGCACUCUGUGGAUGUAAAUGUUGGUGCAUAUAGCCCAUGCAAUAGCAUGCAUUAUUUUUCAAUAAUGGCAUUAUGGAGUAUGCAUUGUAUACAGAAAUGUAAUAGUUGUAAGGCUUAUCCAAAUUAUGAUUUGUGCUUAGGCUUGAGAAUAAGGCUUUUUAGCUAAAAUUACAGGGUAAAUUGGUGGCUCCCGAGUAGCUCCGGGAUUAAUCAUUGAGGAGAUUUUAUGAGGAGAGUUCAUGAGAAGAAUGUAUUGAUGGUGGACAUGAGAAAGACAUAAUGUUUUGUUAUUACUACAUGCAAAAAGAUUGAGUUUCAACAGGAAAUUUCUAUAGCCACGUAUCACUUUAUCCCGUCAUAUCAAGAAACUGUUACACGAUAUCAGUAUAUUAUAUUAAAACGAGCAACCUUCUGUUAUUAUAACGACUCAGCACUUUAGCUCAUUAAAGCCAAUAUUAUGUCAUGAGAAAAAGCCUGAAAAGAAGACAGAGAUCAGUUCGUUGCUACAUAUUAAAGUGAUUUGUAGCAAACCAAACCAUGAGCUCACGGUCAUAAAAUAACACCACAUUCUUACUCUCCAAAGACCAAAACCCAGAUGGAAGGAGCUCUGAUCUGAAUGUUAAAAUGGUCACCCUCGCUUAUCACUAUGCACUCACAGCGUAUAAGCUUUACAGGCAAUAGUGAGUGAAUUACAGACACCGCACUGUAAUGCACUGGGUUUUCUUUACCCCACAUUUGCCUCUGAGGCAGACAAGCGGCUCCACCUCCUAACGAGAAUGUUUCUGGAUGAAGUGAUAUUGAAAACAAAAAUGUUUCCUGUUCAUACUUAAUAAAUUGGUUUGUAUU